UGUGUUGAGGGUGUAGGAGGGUGUAUCUGUGUUGAGGGUGUAUCAGUGUGUUGAGGGUGUAUCACACUGUUGAGGAUGUAUCAGUGUUGAGGGUCACACUGGUUAACACCCUUCCCAUUUUUAUCAGUCAUCAUGGACCCAGUCAGCUGCUGUUUCAUGCCUGCUUGACAGUUUGGCUGUGGAAGAGUCACAUGGCUCCACACAGUUGAUCAUCUUGUCAACUGUGAAGGUGCGAUUCUUAAACUUAUCAAGUUGAAGGUGCAUGGCCAGCUGACUUCAUUGACAGCUGACUUCAUUGACAGCCAUCUGUUUGGACAAGAGAUACUGUAUUUUGCUUGUAAGACCCAUAGAAAAUGACUACCAUGGCCUCAGGAGAAGAUGAUACUUCAGUGAGACGCAUCCGACUCAUGGUCAAUGGUCAAAAUUACACAGUGACCCCUGAUGUGCCACCAUGGACAACACUUAUUGAUUUCCUGAGGGAUAAUGUUAAGCUGCCUGGCACCAAGGUGUUUUGUCGGGAGGGCGGCUGUGGAGUUUGUACUGUUGUUGCCACAAUCCCUGACCAGGAGGUGGAUGCUGGAUUCAAAACAAUCGGCAUUAAUGCUUGCCAAACUCUGGUGUAUGCAUGUGCCGGUUGGAGGAUUGAAACAAUUGAGUAUUUGGGUGACCGCUACACUGGGUAUCACUCACUACAGAAAGCAUUAAGUGGAUUCUAUGGAACACAGUGUGGGUACUGCUCCCCUGGGAUGAUCAUGACUAUGUAUGGACAACUAAAAUCACAUGGUACACUAAAUGUGAAUCAAGUUGAGCAAUCUCUAGAUGGUAACUUGUGCCGCUGUACAGGUUAUCGCCCUAUACUAGAUGCCUUCAAGUCCUUGGCAGUGGAUGGAAGUAAGCAUCUCAAGGAUAAACUUGCUGAUAUUGAGGAUGCCUAUAAAUCUUGUCCAAAAACUGGCAGUAUCUGUAAGGGGUCCUGUAAGAGUGGUAGUGUUGGCUGCCGGCAGGAAAACCAGGAAGAAGAUAUUUCUACCCAGCUGGAGGACUUUAAGAUAAAUGUCGGCUCCAUCCAGUGGUAUCGACCAGUCACCAUCGAGGGAAUAAAAAAUGUUCUGAAGAAGAUUCAACAAGAUGAGAAAGUGUACAUUGUUGUGGGCAACACUGGUCAAGGAGUGUAUAAAGAUGAUGGCCCUUAUACCACAUACAUCAACACUGCUAAUGUAAAAGAAUUGUACGACAUUUCCUUAAAUGUACCACUGGCUAUGGGAGCCAAUGUUAGCCUUAGUAGAGCCAUCGAAGUAUUUGAACAUGUAGCCGCCACUUAUCCAGGUUAUCAAUAUCUGCGUGUCCUUCAAAGCCACUGGAAAAUGGUGGCAAAUGUUUCUGUCAGAAAUGCUGGAAGUUGGGCUGGUAACUUGAUGUUGAAGCAUAAACAUCCAGAGUUUCCAUCUGAUAUCUUCUUAACUUUGCUGGGAGCAGGAGCACAGCUGACUGUAAAUCAUGCUGACAGCCCUUCUGCCAUACAAAUUGACUUGGAGCAAUUUCUUCAGACAGACAUGUCUAAAAGUGUAAUCCUGUCUGUCACUCUGCCUCCUUUGACCCAGGAUGAACAAAUUCGGACAUUUAAGAUAUCCAGCAGAGCUGUCAAUGCACAUGCCCAUGUUAAUGCUUGUUUCAAGAUGGAACUGGAUCCUACAGAUGGUUAUAGGAUUAAGAGAAAGCCUCUCUUAUUGUUUGGAGGAAUAAAUCCUGAUUUUAUCCAUGCAGUCCAGACAGAAACCUACUUGGUCAACAAACGUCUAACAGACGUAGUGACAGUCGUGGAAGCUGCAAAGAUGCUUGGAAAUGAGAUGAAACCUGAUGCUAAACCCCAGGACACAUCACCAGAAUACAGGAUAUCACUCUCUCAGUGCCUCUUUUACAAGGCUGUUAUCGGGUUCCUUGGAAACAGAGUAAGUAGUGAUAUCCGUAGUGCAGGGUCAGUCCUAGAGAGGCCUUUAUCUUCCAGUGAGCAAGACUUUGACAUGAAUCAGGAUACAUGGCCGGUGGGUAAAGGCAUCCCAAAGCUAGAGUCAACAACACAAAUAUCAGGUGAAGCAGUGUAUCUAGAUGAUAUACCUCUCUUACAUAAUGAGCUUCACGGCGCCUUCAUUCAGUCGACAGUCGCUAAUGCUAAAAUAAAGUCCAUUAAACCUUCUGAAGCCUUGGCUGUUCCCGGUGUUGUGAGUUUUGUAACAGCUCAAGACAUACCAGGGCGUAACAGCUUUGUUGUUAAUGCUGGGGGAAGACCAGACUCUGUGUUUGUGGGAAAGCGUGUGAGUUAUAAUGGACAAGCUAUUGGUCUGAUUGUUGCUGAUACAAGAGACAUUGCACUUCGGGCUGCAAAGUUAGUCCAAGUGGAAUAUGAGGACAUCAAGAAGCCGGUUCUCACAAUUGAAGAGGCUCUUAAGGCCGAAAGAGAAGAAAUGGUAAUGAAUACAUUGACUGGAAAAAAGGAACCUUAUACAUUUGGUAAUCCAGAAGAUGCUUUGAAGGCUUCAAAACACAAACUGAUUGGUGAAAUACAUCAAGGGUCUCAGUUCCACUUGGCCCUGGAAGCUCUUGCUGGUCGGGUGAUACCCAUAGAAGAUGGUUAUGAUGUGUUCAGCACCACUCAGUGGCCUACAGAGACUCAGGCAGCAGUGGCACAGGUGUUAGAUAUACCAGCCCACAGUAUCAACAUAUCAGUUCGUCGACUUGGUGGUGGCUAUGGAGGCAAGAUCAGCAGAGAGAAUGUUGUUGUUACAGCAGCAGCUGUGGCCGCCAAAAAAGUGAAACAACCUGUUCGUGUUACUCUUGACCUCAGCACCAACAUGACCUUGGUUGGAUGGCGAGAGCCAUACUUGUCAAAAUAUGAGGUUGGCUUUAACGACGAUGGGAAAUUUGAGAGCUUAAAGGUUGACAUGAUAUCUGAUGGUGGUUAUGUAGCCAAUGAGGUGUCUGUCGGAUUCUUGGGCAGCCGUUUGCAAAACGUCUACUACAUCCCCAAUCUGUUGUUCCGGCCAAUUAUUGUGAAAACCGACACUGCCGCCAACACGUGGUGCAGGACCCCAGGUACUGUGGAAGCUGUUGCUACAGUAGAAAAUGUCAUUGAACACGUGGCCAACUACCUGAAGAAGGAUCCAUUAGAAGUGCGAAUGGUCAACAUGGUUCCUCCUGCUGUUCCUCGGCUGAUGGCUUCACCCCAAGAGAGAAAUGUUGUAAAAGAAGACAUUCUGCCGCUACUGAAACAAAAGGCCAUGUACAGUCAGAGGGUGGAGGAGAUCAAAAUAUUCAACAUGGAAAAUUUGUGGAAGAAGAGAGGGAUGAGUAUUGUUCCACUGUGGUAUCAACAUGACUACCCCCCUGUGUUCUCUUAUGGCAUCCAAGUGUCCAUCUAUGAACACGAUGGCACUGUGGCCGUUUCUCAUGGUGGCAUUGAAAUGGGACAAGGGAUUAAUACUAAGGUGGCCCAAGUUGUGGCCUACAAACUGGGCAUCCCAAUAGAUAAAGUAAUCCUAAAGGCAUCUGACACUAUGGUAGGAGCCAACUCUAUUGUGACAGGUGGCUCAUAUGGCACUGAUCUAUGUGCUCAUGGAGCAAAAGUAGUGUGUGAGGGAUUACUGCAGCGGAUAAAUGUGGUGAAAGAGGCAAUGAAGAAGACUGGUGGUAAAGACCCCACCUGGUUAGAACUGAUCAAGAAGUGCUACACUGAGGGUGUUGAUCUGUGUCAGCGGUAUUGGACUGCUGGUAAGGAACACCCUGAUAAUUAUGAAAUUUGGGCUGCAUGCUGUUUGGAGGUUGAGAUCGAUGUACUAACAGGACAAUAUCUGCUACGUCGUGCGGACAUCAUUGAAGACUGUGGAAGAAGCAUGAAUCCCUAUGUAGAUAUUGGUCAAGUGGAAGGUGCCUUCAUCAUGGGCUUGGGAUUAUACACUUCAGAGGAAGUUAAAUUUGAUACAACUACUGGCCAAAAGUUGACAAAUGGAACCUGGGAUUACAAACCACCAACAGCACUGGAUAUCCCAGUUGACAUGAGAAUUACUCUGUUGCCAAAUGCAGCAAACCCCCAAGGUGUCCUGGGCUCCAAAGCAACUGGUGAGCCUGCCUUGUGCUGCUCGUAUGUUGUUGUCACUGCUCUCCGCAACGCUAUCACAGCAUUUCGAAGUGCGAAUGGGAAUGAUCAUUGGUUCGACAUGGACACUCCCAUAACUGUUGAGAAGGUCCAUCAGCUGUGUGGUGUGAGGCCAGAACAGUUUAUGCUCUCUGCCAAAGAAGAAUCGUCUCCUACUGACUUCUCUUUCAUUAUCAAGGAUCAAAUUCCAAAGGAGAAUUCUGAAAAUUUCUGCCCACUUAACUGAUGAGUGGAAUUUAUUGUUUAUUGAUGGUCAUGAAAAAGGAUUAAAUUCCAAUACAGGAGCCCGGGAAAUUCAUAGCUGUUUAUUGGUGAAUGGACUAUAUUUUAUAAAGUUUUUUUUUAUAACAUGGGCAUAUCUCGGGUGACUCGAUUAUGGUACACAGUUGAUGGGGUUAAAGAACCUUAUUGUGGACCCAAGCUAGUGUAAUUAACACUAAAUUAGACAUCCCUUAAUUAAUUUAUUCUGAAGAAAAAUCCAUUUCAUUAUUCUUCAUUUACAAGAGCUGGCCCCAAAAAUGUCAUAUUUGUUAUUCGUCUAUUUAUCAUUUAGAUCUUGAAGCUGAGGUGAUUUUAUUCAUUGCAGUACCAGAAAUUCUUGAUGAUGGUGUAGUGUUAAUUAUAACCCAACAAGCUAGGACCAUCCCACUUCAGUUUGUAGUUAUAGGAGCUGCAAAACACCACCUUACCUGGCCAGACGUAAUCAAGGCUUUACUUGUUAUUCUGGUCAGCUGUGCAGUUUAGACGAAUUAAUAGAUAAUAUUAAGGAAUUUUCAGUUGUGUAUAUACUGUACUGUAUUUGCUGAUAAUCCACUAAAUGUAAUUACCAUUGUUGGUAGGUUGGGGAAACUCAAGGCUGGCAAAAUUACCACAUAUGGCGGUCCCUUAUUGUGUACCCUCACCCCAAUUAGUGUUGCAGAUUUGGGUCUACCCGGGGCCAUUAAGUAGAGACUGAGGUGGAAUUCAUUUUGCAACUUUAAGAUAACUCCUAUUUAUAAAUAAGGUUGAAGCAACAUGGUGUAGUUUCUCUCGAAGCAACACGGUGUAGUUUCUCUCGAAGCAACACGGUGUAGUUUCUCUCGAAGCAACACGGUGUAGUUUCUCUCGAAGCAACACGGUGUAGUUUCUCUCGAAGCAACACGGUGUAGUUUCUCUCGAAGCAACACGGUGUAGUUUCUCUCGAAGCAACACGGUGUAGUUUCUCUUGAAGCAACACGGUGUAGUUUCUCUUGAAGCAACACGGUGUAGUUUCUCUUGAAGCAACACGGUGUAGUUUCUCUUGAAGGGUUUUUGUUUGAUUUCUAGUGUUAAGUGAUAUUAGGGAACUCAUCCAGUGGUUAAUUCUGAGCCAGAGUUUUCAUUGACAGCUGCUAGGUUCUUUGCCAGUAUUCCCAUGCCCAUACUGGGGGGUACAUAAGCCCAUAUACAGGCGUUUUUGUCAAAAUGUGGGUAUUUUGCCUCAAUAAAUAUAGGUUUGUAUUAAGGUUUUAUAGUAGAGUACUGUAUAUGCCUACAUUUGGGUAUACCCCUGUAUACUGUAUGCUGGUGUAUUCUUACAUAUACAUGUUUACCUGUAACAAAAGAUCUUUCAGGAUUUGGUUGUGAUAAAAUAUAACUUAUUAAUGACUUUGAGCGGCUGAUCCAAGAAUAUCAAAGGGUCCAAGAAGUUGUGGGUGGGGGAGCCUAGCGAGCACAGCGAGCCCACCCAGCCCACCCAGCUGGGGGGUGGGUGGGGGGGAGGGUUCUGUAAGACCCCAGAAAAAAAUUUAAAUCUGACCAAUAUCAUGUGCAUUUUGAGGCCAUGUUCACUUGAUAUUAGGAGAUAUUCUGAGGUCAAUAGUAAUUAUUUUUUUGCAAUACAAAAAUGUAUGAGUACAAUACUACAUUUUUUUCUUUUUUAAAGAAAAAGUAUUGGAAUUUUCUAAUGAAAGGGGGGAGUAUGGACCCCCAAGACUCCCCUGGAUCUGCCCCGACUUUGUCUCUGGUCACAGUAUGCAAUGUAUGGGUAACAAGAAGCACUGGAGGUGUCUAGUUGUUUGUCAUAUAUUUACAGUAUUUGAGUAUAUUGGGCAGAUUAUAUGUACUCUCUGUUAUAUCCUGUAUGUUGUAUCAAUAAAGAAAAAUGCUGCACAAA